AUGCUCCUUGUUCAUAAUCCACAUCCUCCGCCCUUCAUGUCGCCUAACAUAUCCCAUCGUCGUCAUCCCUCGGCUCCUCCAGCAGUCGUAGUUCAAGCAACCAAAACACCUGGUUUGCUUUUCAUCUCAAAGCAGCCUUCGCGACCUUCAACUCCCCGUAAUCAUAACCAGCAGCCUCAGAGUCAUCAUCAGAAACAGAUUCGGUCUUCAAAGCCGAAACAACCCGUUCCUCAGUCACAGGGCCGUGCAACACAGCCUCCAAUUCCAGAGGUUCAUUCAUCCGAUGAACCUUCUGCGCCGAAAAUUCACUCUGAUGCUGUUGAGAAUUGCAAGAAGCUCGCUGCUCGUCCGGCUACAUCAUCGCCGGACAAGUCCGCACGAGAAGCCCUUCUCAUGCGCAAGCUCGACGCAAUAAUAUUCGUCAACCUUCACCACCUAUUCCUCUCGCAGGCUGAGGGUGCAACAUCUUUAACGCAAACUUUUACCCAUCGUAACAACAAUCCUGCAUCCAACUCUUUUGAUCCCUUUGUUGUCAGUUCUGACUCUGAUUCGGAAAACUCAGCCACAGUCAUGACUUUGACGUCCAAGAAUUCUUCCUCUCAGACACCUGCUCUGACCUCUCAGCCGACUGGAAAACUUGCUACUCGUCGCCGACGUCAUGUUCCGCAGCAACUUACUACACCCACCCCCGCCACUCGGGCAGUUCCUGUGCCACGAGCUAAUACUCACCAUAUCCGUCCUAAUAUUUCCCGAUCUGUGACGACACCACCUGAUGUCGAUGAUAACUCUCCUCCUUCAACGCCCACUCGUGAGAGAUCUGCCACCACCUGGCAGCAGCUUGCUUUUGGGGAAGGUCCCCGCACUGCGCCACUCAAUGCGAUCGCAGGGUUUCCAUUUGGUGGGCGUUCAAACAGCAACACUCCCUCUCCAACCCACAGGCAUUAUAGGACUCCCAGUGAGGGUGUUUUUCACAUGUCCUUUGACGAGGACAUGGCAUCGACUUCGGAUGCUUCCGAAGAGCAGCAGAAAUUGUUUGGCUUCAUGCCAAGGAAGCAUGGGUUAGUUGGACCGAGCGCCACCCGUGCCGGCAAGGACAAGGCUGGGUUCUUCGCAAGUUCAGUUUUCCAAAACUCGCCAAGCCCCGACGAGUUACCUCCACCCGCUUUUUGA